AUGUCUGCCAAACCUCCCUACGUCGUGCAGCCAAGCGUUCCUGCCUCCUCGGCGAACCGAUCUGCCACUCUGAUCUUCCUCCACGGCUAUGGCGACGAUGCUGAGGGCAUUCCGCUGGGUCUUGCACAGCAAUUUCAGUUUUACAACAAGGUGCAAUACCUCAAGUGGGUUCUUCCGAAUGCUCCUCAUAAUCACGAAGCGAUGACACGUGCCUGGUACGUGCCUAAAGCGCUGCCUCAUUCCAUGAAGCCACGUGUGCCUGGCCACGUCGAGGAGGAUGAUGCACGGGACGACGAAAAGGGGAUCUUGAACAGCGUUGCCAUGGUCGAUGAAUUGGUAGAAGAGGAGAUCAAGAGCGGUACACCCCCAGAGAGGAUUCUUGUCGGUGGUUUCAGCCAGGGUUGCGCAAUCAGUCUUGUUUGGGGCUUGACAGGGCGGUCGAGGAAUAAAAUUGGAGGAGUUAUAUGCUUGAGUGGGUAUUUGCCUUUGAGAGACCGAAUUGAAGCGCUGAGGAAAGAUACACCGGUGGAAGACGUGGCGAGUGCCAAGAAGUGGUUUUACGUGCAUGGAACUAUGGAUAUGCUUGUGCCAUCCAAGCUGUUUGUCCAAGGAAAUGAGGAAUUGGUUAGAUGGGUGGAUAAGGAAGAUAUUGAUGGCCAUCUGUACCCAGGAAUGGGACAUUCGACUGCAGCCGCUGAAUUGCGAGAUCUAUUGGCGUUCUUCGACAGGGUUAUUCCAGCCUGA